UACAUCGGCUCCAUCCUGGCGGCGGUGAACCCGUACCAGCUCCUCCCAGGCCUGUACGACCGCCCGGCCGUGGAACAGUACAGCCGUCAUCACCUCGGCGAAAUCACCCCGCACAUUUUCGCCGUGGCCAACGAAUGCUACCGCUCGCUGUGGAAGAGGCUGCAGAACCAGUGUGUCCUUAUCAGUGGAGAGAGCGGCGCCGGGAAAACAGAAAGCACGAAGCUGAUCCUGAAGUUCCUGUCGGCCAUGAGCCAGCACUCCUUAGAGGUGUCGUCCAGAGACAGGACGUCGCAUGUGGAGGAGGCUCUGCUGGAGAGCAGUCCAAUCAUGGAGGCCUUCGGGAACGCCAAGACUGUCUACAACAACAACUCCAGCCGCUUUGGGAAGUUCGUGCAGCUGCAUUUCAGCCAGAAGGGCAACAUCCAGGGAGGCCGGAUCGUGGACUACCUCUUAGAAAAGAACCGAGUGGUCAGGCAGAACCCAGGGGAGAGAAACUACCACAUCUUCUACGCCCUGUUGGCGGGAACCAACGAUCAGCAGAGAGAGGCGUUAGGAUUGACACAGCCUGACAGCUACUAUUACCUGAGACAGUCCAGCUGCCCCGCUGACACGACAAUCAACGACCACGGCAACUUUAACGACGUUCUGAAUGCCAUGCGAACGAUGCAGUUCACCGAGGAGAACAUCGGGGAGAUCCUGCGCCUCCUGGCCGGGAUCCUCCAAACGGGGAACAUCGAGUUCAUGACGGCCGGAGGAGCUCAAGUCUCCUCUAAAUCAGCGGCUCUCAGCCGGACGUCAGAACUCUUAGGUGUGAACUCAGAUCAGAUGGCCGAGGUCCUGACUCAUCGGUCCAUGAUCCUCAGGGGCGAGGAGAUCUCCACGCCGCUCACAGUGGAACAGGCGGUGGACUCCAGAGACUCCAUGGCCAUGGCACUUUACUCCCAGUGUUUCAACUGGAUCAUCCGCAAGCUCAACAACCGCAUCAAGGGGAGAGAGGACUUCAAAUCCAUCUGCAUCCUGGACAUCUUUGGGUUUGAGAACUUUGAGGUCAACCGCUUUGAGCAGUUUAACAUUAACUAUGCAAAUGAGAAGCUUCAGGAAUACUUCAACAAGCACAUUUUCUCCCUGGAGCAACUUGAAUACAACAAGGAAGGUCUGGUUUGGGCCGACAUCAACUGGAUGGACAACGGAGAGUGUCUGGAUCUGAUUGAGAAGAAACUGGGUCUCCUGGCACUGAUGAACGAGGAGAGCCACUUUCCCAAAGCCACCGACGACACCUUACUGGAGAAACUUCACAGCCAGCACUCGAAAAACUCGUUCUACGUGAAACCCCGUGUGGCUGUGCACUACUUUGGAGUCAAACACUAUGCAGGAGAGGUGGUGUACGAUGUGAGGGGGAUGCUGGAGAAGAACAGAGACACCUUCAGAGACGACAUCCUGAACCUGCUGAGGGAGAGCAGGUUGGACUUUGUCUACGACCUGUUUGAGCACGUAUUGAGCCGAAACAAACAGGACACUCUGAGGAGCACCUCCAAGCACAGACGGCCCACAGUCAGCUCCCAGUUUAAGGAUUCUUUGCACUCUCUCAUGGCCACGCUCAGCACUUCGAACCCCUUCUUCAUUCGAUGCAUCAAACCAAAUUCACACAAGAUGCCUGAUCAGUUCGACCAGACGUUGGUCCUGAACCAGCUCAGAUACUCCGGCAUGUUGGAGACCGUGAAGAUCCGACGCACCGGUUUCCCCAUCCGGAGACCUUUCCAGGACUUCUGCAGCAGGUACAAGGUGCUGAUGCGAGGUGUAAUGACACCGGAUGACCCCAGGGGGAGCUGCGUCCAGCUGCUGCACCUGUACGACAGCAGCAGCGCAGACUGGCAGCUGGGCAAGACCAAGGUUUUCCUCCGGGAGUCUCUGGAGCACCGGCUGGAGAAGCAGAGGGAGAUGGAGGUGCUGAAGGCCGCCAUGAUCAUCCAGGCCCACGUCACGGGAUACAUGGCGAGGAAGCAGUACAGGAAGCUGCUGCAGUGCAUUGUGGUCAUUCAGAAGAACUACCGGGCUUUCUACUGGAGGAGGAAGUUCCUGCUCCUCCGCUGGGCCGCUCUCACCUUCCAGAAACGUGUGCGAGGACAGCUGGCCCGCCGGGCCUUCAGCCAGCUGCUGGAGGAGAAGAGGAGGAGGAGGAGGGAGGAGGAAGAGGAGGAGGAGAAACGCAGGAGGAUGGAGGAGGAGAUGGAGAGGGAGAGACAGAGGCUGGAGGCUGAGAGACUCGCCGCAGAGGCUGAAGAAGCCAGGAGACUAGAAGAGCUUCAACGUUCUGAGGAGUUAGCUGCUCUGGCUCUUCCUCCACCUCCUGCUCCACCUCCUGCUCCAGCAGAAGAGGCAUCAUCAUCCCCGAUUAUGACGGAGGAGCUGGAGUCAGCCGAAGUCCUUGAGGCCCUUGAGGUCCUUGAGGAGGCAUCGGAAGAAGCUCGUCCUAACGAUGCAUCUCAGGUGGAGGAGAUCCUCCGGCUGGAGCGGGAGAUCCAGGUGCUGCAGAGGCAGAAGGAGCGUCAGGAGCUCUCUCUGACCGAAGCCUCCCUCAACCGCCUGCAGCUCCUCCGGGACCAGGAGCUCAGACGUCUGGAGGACGAGGCCUGCAAGGCGGCGCAGCAGUUCCUGGAAUCCCUGAACUUUGACGAGAUAGACGAGUGUGUGAGGAACAUUGAAAGCUCGCUGGGAGUCGGUGAAGGGGACGAGAUCGAGAAAGAAGAAGGAAGGAGGCGAGGGAGCGAUGAGGAAGAAGUGGACGAAGGGUUCGGGGCUGACGACGAGGCCUUCAAAGACUCACCAAACCCAAGUGAACAUGGCCACUCAGACGGCCAGAGAACGAGCGGGAUCCGAACUAGUGAUGACUCGUCUGAGGAAGACCCGUACGCCAACGAUGGAGUGAUCCCACCGCUACCACCGACCACCCUGCUUCAGCAGACGCUGCCUUUACCACCGGUGCCCCCCGCCCCCUGCCACAGUGCCUCAUCCAGCGGGGACUCAGCCUACUGCCACCCUCAGGCUUCAUCUGAGGCCCAGUCUGAUGACCUGGUGGAGCUCAUACCUCCUGAUGAGGAUUCAGACUACGACCAAGAUGACUACGAUGAGGGUGCCAUCGUGUCCAGUGGGAGUGUGGCGUUCUCCAACCCUUGCAGUGGCCAGUGGUCUCCUGACUACAGAGGCUCUGUGGGAACCUACAACAGCUCAGGGGCUUAUCGCUUCAGCUCAGAUGGGGCUCAGUCAUCGUUUGAGGACAGCGAGGACGACUUCGACAGAUUCGACACUGAUGACGAGUUGUCAUAUCGGCGGGACUCGGUCUACAGCUGCGUCACACUCCCGUACUUCCACAGCUUCCUCCACAUCAAAGGCGGCCUGAUGAACACGUGGAAACGCCGCUGGUGCGUUCUAAAGGACGAGACUUACCUCUGGUUCCGGGCCAAGCAGGAGGCUCUGAAGCAGGGCUGGCUUCAUAAGAAGGGAGGGGGCUCGUCCACGCUGUCCCGACGCAACUGGAAGCGCCGCUGGUUUGUUCUGCGGCAGAGCAAGCUCAUGUAUUUUGAGAACGACGGAGAGGAUAAGAUGAAGGGGGUUCUGGACAUGCACAAUGCAAAAGAAAUCAUUGAUAACACUGGGAAGGAGAACGGGAUCGACAUCGUGAUGCCAGAGAGGACCUACCAUCUGAUCGCAGAGUCCGCUGAAGAUGCCAGUCAGUGGUUCAGUGUUCUGAGUCAGGUCCAGGUCUCUACAGAGCAGGAGAUCAGGGAGAUGCACGACGAGCAGGCCAACCCCCAGAACGCUGUGGGAACACUCGACGUCGGGAUGAUCGAUUCAGUUUGUGCUUCGGAUAAUCCAGAGAGGCCGAACUCCUUCGUCAUCAUCACAGCGAACCGCGUCCUGCACUGCAACGCCGACACACCCGAAGAGAUGCACCACUGGAUCACUCUGCUGCAGCGCUCCAAAGGAGACACACGCGUGGACGGACAGGAGUUCAUCAUCAGAGGCUGGCUGCACAAAGAGAUGAGGAACAGCACCAAGGCCUCGCUGAAGCUGAAGAAGCGCUGGUUUCUGCUUACCCAUAAUUCCCUGGACUACUACAAGAGCUCAGAGCGGAACGCCCUGAAGCUGGGGACGCUGGUGCUGAACAGCCUCUGCUCGGUGGUCCAGCCGGACGAAAAGGUCUUCAAGGAAACCGGAUACUGGAACGUGAUCGUGUACGGGCGUAAACACUCUUACCGUCUGUACUGUAAGCUCCUGAAUGAGGCAACACGCUGGGCCAACUCUAUCCAGAACGUCAUCGACUCCAAAGCUCCCAUCGACACGCCCACGCAGCAGCUCAUCCAGGACAUCAAGGAAAACUGUCUGAACUCGGAGGUGGUGGAGCAGAUCUACAAGAGGAACCCCAUACUGCGCUACAGCCACCACCCGCUGCACACCCCGCUGCUGCCGCUGCCGUACGGAGACAUCCACCUGACCGCUCCCAGAAACAGGAACUACACCACCCUGCAGCAGGAGGCCCUCAAAGUGUUCUGCUCUCUGCAGCACCUGGAGGGCGUGACCGACCCCGUGCCCAUCAUCCAGGGCAUCCUGCAGACCGGACAGGAGCUCAAACCUCUGCGGGACGAGCUCUUCUGCCAGCUGAUGAAGCAGACGACCCGGCCGCCACAGCCCGGCGGAGCGGGGAACCUCUGCAGCUGGAAGAUCCUGGCCUGCAUGUCCUGCACCUUCAUGCCCACCAGGAGCAUCCUCAGAUACCUCAAGUUCCACCUGAAGAGGACCCGGGAGCUCUUCCCCGGCUCAGAGAUGGAUCGUUACGCAGCCUUCACCCUCGACUCCCUGAGGAAAACUCGAGCCAGGGAGAACGUCCCGUCGCAGGAGGAGAUCCGCUCCAUCGUGGCCCGGCAGGACAUGAGCACCACCGUACACUGUCACGGGGGAGGGUCCUGCAAGAUCACCAUCAACUCCCACACUACAGCUGGAGAGGUGGUGGAGAAGCUGAUCCGAGGUCUGGCCAUGGAGGACAGCAGGAACAUGUUCGCUCUGUUUGAACACAAUGACAACACAGAGAAGGCCAUCGAGAGCCGCACAGUGGUGGCCGACGUGCUCGCCAAGUUUGAAAAGUUUUCAGCAAGUCCAGACGAACACAACACCGGCUGGAGGUUUUACUUUAAGCUCUACUGCUUCCUGGACACCGAGAACGUUCCCAAGGACAGCGUGGAGUUCGCCUUCAUGUUUGAGCAGGCCCAUGAAGCUGUCAUUAAAGGUCAGUACCCGGCCCCUGAGGAGACUCUUCAGUUCCUGGCCGCCCUGAGACUUCAGUACCUCCUGGGCGACCACAGCUCCCAAGCCAACGUCCCUGAAAUGUCCCAGGUGUUCCCCAUGGCACGGUUACGGGCCCGGGUGCAGAACUCAGCCAAGACGUUCGCUCCGGGUACCGGCUCUGUGGCCGAGCGCUCGGGGACGUCCGAGAGGAAACGCUCCAGCUUCCUGGAGGGAACGCUGAGGAGGAGCUUCAGGAGCGGCUCUCUGAGUCGGCAGAAGCUGGACGAGGAGAACAGCCUGGAGGCGUGGAUGAGGGAGGAGGCGACGGCUGUGAGGACCAGCGUCAUGGACAAGUGGAAGAAACUGACGGGGAUGAACCAGGAACAAGCCAUGGUCAAAUACAUGACUCUGGUGAAGGAGUGGCAGGGAUACGGAUCCACGCUGUUCAACGUUGAGAGCCGGGAUGGAGCGUUCCCGUCCGAGCUGUGGCUGGGCGUGAGCCGGGAGGCGAUAUCGGUCUACAAACGAGGGGAGCCGUGGCCUCUGGAGGUUUUCCCGUAUGAACAGAUUCUCUCCUUCGGCGCUCCGCUGGCCAACUCCUACAAGAUCGCCGUGGAGGGCCGAGAGCUGGUCUUUGAGACUCAAAUGGUCAUGGACAUCGCCAAGCUGAUGAAGGCCUACAUCAGCAUGAUCGUCAAGAAACGCUACAGCAACUGUCAGUCCAUCAGCAGCCAUGGCAGCCAGUGCAGUGCCUGGUGAACUCUACCCCUUAACCUUUGACCUUAAGGCAACUUACCGGAGUGUGGCAGAGGGUGGAGUGUGGGCCGCCCCUCCUCUCCAUCCUCCAGAAGAUCGGACUCAGCUUGGAUUUUGGACUUUUCAGACAGACUCUGUGAAUGCUGGAGACGAACCACAAUGCUCUUAAUGUUAACUAGCUCUAAUACUUUGGACUGGUGUCAUUCCAAUACACGAAACAUCCACACCGAAUGGAUCAGGACUUGCGAAUGGACCAGGACUUACAAAUGGAUCAUGUCACACUGGAGGUAGCUGCUGUUUGUGGUGGGAACUUCAAAAUCAAACCAGGAUCUGCUUGAUGAGAGUUUGAGGACAAAGUUGUGUGCAGUCCAAAACUGUUGAUACAGAUGUUUGAUGUGGAGGUCUUCAAAGGGCACCAAGACCCUAGGGUCUGAGCGUUGACCCAAACAGGUCUAGGGUCCACGAUUAACCAUGGUUGAUUUGAGUCUCGGCUGCAUUCCACUUUUGGAACCGAGACUAAAAUGAAAAAAUGUUGAUAAUAGAUCAGGCGUCAAUGUGAAGAACUGCAGUUCCUCGUGUGACAACUUGCCUAGAGGGCGCCAUGUAGCUGUUUGCCAGGAGGUUAAAGGCCCACCUCAGCUCCAGCUCCAUAAGAUCCAGUCCCCUCAUGUACCCCUUUUCGACUGAGGCAGUUUCAGGGCCGCUUCGGAGCCGGCGCUGAAUUGACCACCUCUUUGCUGGUCUAGAACCGCGAACCGCUUACGUCAGGGUCGAGGGCCAAGGUUGCCGUGAUCAAAAACAUGAACCAAACGUGUUUCCCCCAUUGUCCUGCAGCGAGAAAAUAAAAGAGACUAAUGGAUUCCAAGGCAAAGCAGCGGUUGGCCGACGAGACAAGCUGCCGUUGUCCGCCAUCGUUGUUGUUGUGAGGGAAAGUUCGCGCUAACGCUGCUGGGAACAGCGGUCACGUAAAUCUGACGUCAUGACGUGUCUCUUCCACGCGCAUCGAGCAGGCGGAGAAACAAACGGGUGCCAUGUUGGUUCACGAGUUCAACCAGCUCCGAACCAGAGCAAGAUCUCAUGGUAAUCCACCCAACAGGCAGAAACCUUGAGCAGAACCAGACCCGGCAGCCGUUAAAGGCACGUGUACAUGUUUAAAGAAAGUAUAUCCGAAACUGGUUUGGUCUAUGAUACCCAUAAGACCACUUCUUUGAUGAUCCAGAAUUGUAUCACGUACCUUAGUCUGGUAUCAAAGUUUAUACAAAGUCAUGUUAGUGUAUUUGGUGGUAUGGCUCUGUUCUGGGAGCUCCCUGUCCUUCCAUGUACCUACGUGGAACGUCAAAGCCUGAGGCAGGGAGAGCAGCAGCAAAGACCCCCGGGGUGCAGAAUAGAGCGAGCAUCAGUGAGGAUACAUAUGACACUGGUAAAAUCAGACACAGCAGAAAGGAGGAGCUGUUUGCUGAUGUUCUGUAGGCCGAGCUUGACUUCCUGGCCUGCCUGAGCUAACGCUUUGCUCAGCGUGUGUGGCCCUUUAAGGACUCAAAUCAUUGAAUAACCCCAAAUUAUGGCGCGGGCAAGACAACAGAACUCUGCCUCCUCACAUCUUCAGAGCUCCUGAUAAAGUCAAGUACAAAAAUGAGUUCGUCAGACCAAAGAAAUCCAGCUGAAGGCUCAACAUGAUCCCGUGUUUCCUUCAGUCAGCGUGGAUGUUUCUUGUUUUGGACUUCAAGCGUUAUUUUCUUCUUGAUGCUAAUAUGCUGCAGCACCAAAAGGUCUGCUGUUGCAGGAUGGGGCUAUUUGUUACUUGUGUGUGUGCGUGCGUGUGUGUGUGUGUGUGUGUUUGUGUGUGUACAGGCUUGUCGAAUGUAUAAAAAAAAAGGAUCCAGAGAAACUUUAAAGCCUACAAGCCUUUCUCUCUGCUUCGAUGAAACUCUGGGACUUCUCUACGAACCUUCUCCAGGAUGACGUGCUCACUGUAAAUAAGAUGCAUUUCAAGUUUGUAAUUGAUUGUUUUGAUUGAUUUGCUGAUGAUGAGAAGGUCACACAAGUGCCUGUUUUAAAACUUCAUCAGGACGAACUCAAGCAAGUCGCACUUGUUUCAUCGAUGCCACUGUUGUUCUUGUGAAACCACAAUCUAAAAGGUGCUCCAAUGUUCCCUUUAACUACCAAUGUAUUGUACACUUCUCAGUUUGUCCGGCCGAGCGACUCGUUCAAGCUGAACUCCAGUGUCAUGUUAAGAUUUCAUGGUUACCAGUUUAUUUUGUACAAAACCAAGCCAAGUAAACGACGGAGGCAGAGUUAGACCAGCAACCCUGCUGCUCUGCAAAGUUAAAUUACUGUCAUCAAUGGAGUUUGAGGAGAGUUAUCAAAAUAUCCUCUUCCUGUAAUGAUGUCAGACACUUUUAACAGCAAAUAACAAAACUAGCACUUUCCUUAAAGCUGUCAGUGUGACAACUACUGGUAAAAACUCAAACCUUUUCAUACAUUUCAGUCAUUCGUACCUAAAAUAAAGAAAAUAAAUACAUAAAUAGAAGUGUCAAACUAAAGUUUGUAAAAACACGGACAUGGUCUGCUAGCCCCAAACCAACGUUGGACUCUGAGGAAAGAACGUGGGCUUUGUUAGGGAGUUAGCUAGCACGGUUAAAUUUGAAUUUCUAGGAAGUAUUGAUGGCUUAGGUAUCCAUAACAUUAGCUGGAGCUAGCUAGUCCCAAACCAAUGUCGGACUCUUAGGAACUUACGUUGGCUUUGUUAGGGAGUUAGCUAGCACGGUUAAAUUUGAUUUCCUAGUUAGUAUUGAUGAUUUAGUUAACGAUAACAUUAGCUAGAGCUAGCUAGUCCCAAACCAAUGUUAGACUCUGAGGAACUAAAGUUAGCUUGCUUAGAAAGUUAGCUAGCCUGGCUAAAUUUCAAUUCCUGGUUAGUAUUGAUGAUUUAGGUAAUGAUAACAUUAGCUAGAGCUAGCCAGUUAGCUAGUCCCAAACCAACGUUGGACUCUGAGGAACUAAUGUUACUUUGGGUAGCGAAUGCUAGCACGGUUAAAUUUAAAUUCCUAGUUAGUAUUUAUGAUUUAGUUAAUCAUAACCUUAGCUGGAGCUAGCUAGUCCCAAACCAAUGUCGGACUCUUAGGAACUUACGUUGGCUUUGUUAGGGAGUUAGCUAGCACGGUUAAAUUUGAUUUCCUAGUUAGUAUUGAUGAUUUAGGUAACGAUAAAAUUAGUCAGAGCUAGCCUGUUAGCUAGUCAAAAACCUAUGGCAGACCCGGAGGAACAAACGCUAGCUUGGUUAGUGAGUUAGCUAGCCUGGCUAAAUUUCAAUUCCUGUUUAGUAUUGAUGAUUUAGUUAACAAUAACAACAGCGAGAGCUAGCCAGUUAGCUAGUCCCAAACCAACGUUGGACUCUGAGGAACUAAUGUUACUUUGGAUAGCGAAUGCUAGCCUGGCUAAAUUUGAAUUCCUAGUUAGUAUUGAUGAUUUAGUUAAUCAUAACCUUAGCUGGAGCUAGCUAGUCUCAAACCAACGUUGGACUCUGAGGAACUAAAGUCAGCUUGCUUAGAAAGUUAGCUAGCCUGGCUAAAUUUCAAUUCCUGGUUAGUAUUGAUGAUAUAGUUAACGAUAACAUUAGCUGGAUCUAACCAGCUAGCUAGUCCCGAACCAACGUAUGACUCUGAGGAACUAACGUCAGCUUGGUUAGCAAGUUAGCUAGCGCUGCUAAAUUCGCUGUACGCGAAUGACCUCCAGAAGCACUUACAAAUCCACGAAAGCCACAUAAAUAUGACCAAAGCUUGAAUAUGAAACCUCUGAAGUUGUAUUUUGAACGACUGGCUCGGCCGGACUCUUCAGUGUAACAUUCCUACGACAUUUCGCUGGAGCUCCGCGGGCGGCAGAUCCAUCCAAAGACGCGUGUGCAGGUUUAUCCAUAGUGCCUUGUUGUAUAUUGUGUACACUUAUUUUCCUUUCCAUGCGUGGUUCUUUUAUUUUGUUUUGGUAUAAUGUGCAAUGUUAUAUAUAUUAUAUAAUCACGUGGCUGUACAUUUUAUACUGUAAGUCUUUGCCUUCGAUUUCUACUCACCCAAAUGAUGACCACACUGCCGUUCUCUCAAACUAAAGUCUUGCUGUAUUUUUCUCUCUGACUGACCAUGGGCCUUCAACAUAAUACUGGUAUUUAGUUGUUUUCUAUCUGUAUUAGCUGUGUUAUGUAAUGAGAGGAUGAUCCUAACAAUAAAUGCUUAUACAUUUGGUCUGAAAUGCUUUCA